AUGCUACGAUACCCAGUUAGAUUAUUCACAACAAGUCGCGCUUAUAAUGCUAUUCCCAAACAGAAUAAACUUCCCCCACGUCCAAAAUGGUUGAUCAAAGAAGAUGAAAUAGAAGAAUGCUUUCUUAAGGGAGGAAGAGGACCCGGUGGACAAAAAAUCAAUAAAACUAACUCAAAGGUACAGCUAACGCACAAGCCAACAGGAAUGGUGGUUACUUGUCAGGCAACUAGGUCACAGGAGCAGAACAGGAAGAAGGCAAGGGAAAUAUUGGCUUUGAAAUUAGAUGAUCUAUAUAAUCCAGAGACCAGUAGGAAUGCUAUCGUAGCCGAAAGGGCUCAAAAAAUGAAACAGAGCAAAGCAAAGAAAUCGAACAGAAAAUAUCGUGCACUAAAUGAGGUCAAAGAGGCAGAAGAGGCAUUGCAGUUAGAGCAGGAGCAAAAUAUGAUUAAAGAACUUGGGGUUGUCGAUGAAGAAGAGGAAUUUGAAAAAUUCAUCAAGUCUGCAAAAGUCGACUUGAACGGGUUGAAAAAGUAG